AAUCCCCCGGGGCGCCGCCGGAUGGAGAGGAUGCGUCCUCCGAGGCUCCUGAGUCUGGCGAGUGCUGCGUCCCGCCCGCUUUCCCAGCCUGAGAUCUUGGCCAGGGCACUUCUCGAGGUGCAGCGGAGGAUUCCCAUCAGGAGACCCGGCGCUGUCAGCUGCCCUCCUCUCUGAAAUGGGGGGUGGGGCAUCGGUUGGCUAAGGUCAUCUCAAAGCAUCCCUUGAGCUUCAGCAGUGGGGAUUGUGGCCGACAGAUGCCCCACCCACCUACCCUGCAGCUUCUCCAGCUAACUUCCCACCCAACCCCCUCACCAUCUGCCUGACAGGUAGACGGACCUUCAGCUACCCGGGUUAGGGGGGCGCCCACAGGGGUGACAUGGCCCCCGACCACCUGUCCGUGAGGCAAAUGCGGGAGGAGGAGAAAGCCCUCGUCGUGGAGCUGCUGAAGGAUGGGGUGAAGGACACAGAGAACCGCGUGGCCCUCCACGCCCUGACUCGGCCUCCCGCCCUCCUGCUCCUGGCUGCUGCCAGCAGCGGUCUCCGCUUUGUCCUGGCUUCCUUCGCCCUGGCCCUGCUCUUGCCCGUUGCCCUGGCUGUGGCUGCCCUCAAGCUGAUGGUGCGGAUGCAGUGGGGUUCACUCCCCUCAGACUCUGGCCUAGGAGGCCCUUGGGUGGCUGUGUGGGGACCUGAUGAUGUGUGCGGGGUCCUGGCUCUGAGGCCUGGCUCCAGCGGAGGCAGCCUGUCUGUAGCUCGCCUGGCCGUGGCCCGCUGGCACCGUCGACGUGGCGUGGGCACGAAGCUGCUGGCCUUCGCUGAGGCCCGAGCCCGGGCGUGGGCCCGCCAGGCGGGGGGCCCUCGAGCCAAGCUCAUAGUCCCUGCUCCAGUGGGAGCCCGAGGGGCUACUGCCCUCCUGGAGGGAAGAGGCUACCAUCCUGAGGGGGGCUGGGGCUGGAUGGGGCACACAUUUGUGAGGGAGUUCACAAAAGAAUUCUAAUGCCCACUGCAGCCCCUCCACAACCUGGCCUUGGUGCAGGGAGAAUGGGGGCCAUUCAGGACACCUGCCUGCUUUCAAGUCUCAGCUCUGGCUCUGGCCCAGUCCAUGACCCUGGGCCUGGCCCUUCUUCUUCUGGGUCUCCAUCACCCCCUAGGGAAGGGGGGAAAGGAUACUUGCACUGCCCACUUCACAGGAUUAAAUGUGGGGGAUCACCCUUGGCCCAUCCUCAAGCUGCUCCUUUUUUAUACCAGUGACUCUUGGAUGACCCCCCCCAUAUCUCCCCUGCCUGCUAUGGAGGUCCUCAGGCAGUCGGCCCCCUCCCCUUUUUCCCUGCAUCUCCAGCCACCUUUGGAUGGCUCUGCUCUCCCACCCCUGACUGCGCACCCUCAGAUGGUUCUGUUCCCUGCCAGGAUCUCCCAAGGUUCCCUUUCCUCUCAGAAGUCCCUUCUCAGACAUCCCUCCCCCAGAUUCCCUGAAGGUCCCUGCAGACCUGGAUCUCUUGCCCUGUCCCCCUCAGCUGACCUUCAGCCCCACUGGACCCCUCUCCUCAGAGCUCCCUACCCAGGGUCCUUUAUCAAGCGCCCUUAGUGACCUUCCCCUUUUCUGGGGACCCUCCAUUGGGGUUGGACUCCCUUCUCCUUGGAUGCCUGGAUGCCUUCCCUCUGCUUUGAGGAUCCACAGAGUGAUUUCCCCAUCUCCUGCUGCCCCUGGGGCUCUCCCACACCUUGAGAUGACCCUCCUUCUCUGCCUUGGGUCUUUCUCUUCCCUCCCAUUCCUCCUUUCCACUCACAUCUGUUUUUAUACCCAUUGUUAAUAAACUCUGAAACUCCC